AUGCCCAUCUUUUACCAGGCACAAACACCGAGACAAAAGAAAGCAAACGAGAAGUUUGCGAAGAACGAGGCCGCGAAACGAGGGAAGUCACAGACUGCUGUCAAGAAGAAUCCCAAACAAAAGCCCACAGUGUCAACUGGGUGGAUAGUAUUACUUGCGUUCGUCGUUUGCGGUGGAUUGGUUUUCGAGCUCCUGAAGGUCGUUCCGGAAAUAUGGUCAGCAAUUGUGUCUGUGUUUAGGCGGUGA